UGAUAAAUUGUACAUAGUUCAUAUAUUACAUACAUCUUUACAUAUGAACGAUUCAACCAAUAAAAACGUGAAUACUGAGCAUUAUCCAAUCGGACAAGAUGCUUGGAAUCGUAGCAAAGAAUCAAGAGAACAUCCCGAACUUUAUUCUACUGGCUAUGGUACCGUAGAUCGUGAAUGGUCUAAUGAAGAAGAAGAGACAAAACCACAGAGCAAGUCAACAAAGCAAAGAAAGAGACCUGAGCGAUCUGAAUCCAAAGAAGGCUUUGGACAUACUGUACCUCAUCAACCUUCACCAAGAUCCGUCAAAAGGGAUUUGGAUAAUAUUGGCGCAUGAAAAAUAAAAAACAUCGUUUGAUUUUUGAACAUCCGAUAAAUAUCAUGCAAC